CGGUUCUGGAAGCUCAGGAGUUGAUAGGCCUAAUUGAAAGUUUUGCAAGCCAGACCUACAUAAAAACUUGGAGAAGAGUUUGUUAAAUUUCAUAUUAUACUUCAAAUCGUUAAAACUACAAUUUUCUGAGGAUUGGUGAAAAGGACAUGUCGUACACAAAUAAUCAUUACAUUGAGGCCAACGCUGUGAAAAGGGUGGCUCGUCUGCCGCUCUUCGACUCCGCCCUGAAAUCUGUUGUUUCAGUUUACACGGACGUGAAGGGCCGUUACCCGCUCCUGGGUGUGGUGGGUGGCGUGGCUGAGAUUGGCGUGCGUAAUGUGUCCCAGGCUGCCAUUCUCCGCGCCACCCCCCUCCUACUUAGUCUGGAGCCCCAGAUUGAGGUUGUCAAUAACUAUGCUUGUAUGGGCUUGGACCAGCUGGAAAAGAACUUUCCCGUCCUGCACCAGUCUACAGAGGAGGUAUUGGUUCACCUGAAGGAUGCCUUCUUCUUGACCCUGGAUGACGUGCAGCUGCGUGUGAAUGAUGAGCUGGACGGGAUGCAGGAGCGCUGGGACAAGCUGACCGAUACCACCUGGUACUACCUCCUGGCUCUGCAGGAGUCACAGCUGGGUCAGAUGGCCACCUCAGGCCUGGACGACAUCCUCACACGCUCAGAGGAGGCCAUGGCCAAGUACAUGCCCCUGACGUCUACACUGCGCCUAGAGUGGGAGAGGAGGAUGCAGCAGUAUGAGGAUGAAGAUGGGGAGGAUGAGCCUGGGUUGUGGACGCGGUUCCGAGGCCUCCUGCUCUAUCUGAGCCUGCAGCUGUACCACCGCCUGCUGAAGCUCAGAAACAGGCUGGAGUGGGCCAUGGGGAUGCUACAGGAUGCUGCCGACAGGAUGGGCCUGAGCAGGCUGCUGGAGGUUGUGGGCUCUGUGCUCCAGAGGCUGCAGCUGCUGUACGUGUCCCAGGUGUUGCGUCUGGAGGCCCUGAGGAGGCUGGCCCUGGACCAGCUGAAGGCCCAGGCCCGGGUCCUGGCUGAACUGGGGCCCGUCAAGCAGCUGCUGGUACUGCCUAAUCAGGUGCAGCUGGUGGUAGCUGACCUACAGGAGCUGGGCAAGAUCCUACUGCAGCUGCUGGUCAACAGCACCCCGCUCUACAACAUGCUCCAGCAGCCCAGUGAUCAGGAGGUGGAGGACUUCCUCAACCAGCAGGAUUUAAUGUCCUCUAACACCACUCACUGCAGUUCUGCCAACAGCCUCUUUCUCAAGGCCAUGGACGGCCGCCCACACAAACGCAAGAGCUCGUAUGCCCGCUCCCAAAGGGUCUCAUCCAGUGUCGGCAACUCCCCGGCCUCCAGUCCAGGCUCAGGCAACCCGCCCAACGGCCACCGUGGCAGCCAGAAGCAGGAUGACGAGACUCUCUCUCUGGAGCUCAAGAACCUGGAUCUCCCUUCCACCAUCGCUGUGCGCCGUCGCUCUUCGGUGUGCAGGGGUUCAUCCAGCGGCACCAAUCUCCCAGACCCCAGCCCAGUCCCCGAUCCAUCCCCGGCCAACCCAGCCAAUGGCAAUGACCAGCCCCUCCCUCGCCGGGGAAGCCAGAAUCCUGAUGACCAGCCUCUCUCUGUAGUGCUGGACAGCACUCUGCGUCGCCGCUCCUCAGCCAUAGAGUUCCUCUUAGCCCCCAUCAUUCAGUACCUGAGCCCUGAGACACCCUCAGAUGAGACUGUUAUGCCUGAGGUGGAGACCACCGAGUUCCAUGCAGACACAAGAGACGAAAGCCCACCCAGACGCCAGAGCCUGUCUUCCCGCUACCGCUGGAGCUCGUCCAGUGCCGUUGCACCCAAGGUGGAGACCACUGAGGACCUGAGCCCUGAGCAAGUCUCAGAUGAGACCAUUGCACUCGAGGUGGAGCACACUGAGUACUACUCAGACGCAGACGCAAGAGACGAGAGCCCAUCCAGAUGCAAGAGCCUGUCUGUCCGCUCCCGCAGAAGCUCAUCAAGUGCUGGCAACCCAUCCAAUGUCCACCAGGGCAGCCAGAUGCAGAACGAGCAGCCUCUCUCUGUGGAGUUCAACAUCCUGGAGGACUCUUCUACCAGUGCUUUGCGUCGCCGCUCAUCGGCUGACAAGGUCCUCCUUGGCCCCAUCCUCCAGUACCUGAGCUCUGAGACAUCCUCAGACAAGACCAUUAUACCCAAGGUGGAGACCACAGAGAAGAACGCAGACGGAAGAGACGAGAGACCACCCAGACGCCAGAGCCUGUCUGCCUGUUCCCGCAAAAGCUCAUUAAGUGCUGUCAACCCGGACGACCAGCCUCUGUCUCACCGGGGCAGCCAGAAGCAGGAUGACCAGCCUCUCUCUCUGGAGCUGGACCCCCUGGAGCUCCCUUCUACAAGCACCAUGCGUCGCCCCUCCUUGGCUGCUGAGGUCCUCCUAGGUUCCAUCCUCCAGUACCUGAGCUCUGAGCCACCCUCAGACGAGCACGUUAUACCCGAGGUGAAGACCACUGAGAACCACACAGAAGCCAGAGAUGAGAGCCCACCCAGACGCAAGAGCCUGUCUGGCCGCUCCCGCUGGAGCUCAUCCAGUGCCGUUGCACCAGAGGUGGAGACCACUGAGGACCUGAGCCCUGAGAAAGUCUCAGAUGAGGCCGUUGCACUCGAGGUGGAGAGCACUGAGUACUACUCAGACGCAAGAGACGAGAGUCCAUCCAGACGCAAGAGCCUGUCUGUCCACUCCCGCAGAAGCUCAUCAAGUGCUGGCAACCCAUCCAACGUCCGCCAGGGCAGCCAGAUGCGGAACGAGCAGCCUCUCUCUGUGAGUUCAACAUCCUGGAGGACUCUUCUACCAGUGCUUUGCGUCGCCGCUCCUCGGCUGACAACGUCCUCCUUGGCCCCAUCCUCCAGUACCUGAGCUCUGAGAC